AUGACAGACCGCUACAACAUUCACAGCCAGUUGGAGCAUCUUCAAUCUAAAUACAUUGGAACAGGCCAUGCUGACACCAGCAAGUGGGAGUUGUUGGUGAACCAACAUCGGGACUCGUACUGUUCAUAUAUGGGUCAGUUCAACCUGUUGAAUUACUUCUCUGUUGCUGAGAACGAGAGCAAAGCCAGAGUGCGCUUCAAUCUCAUGGAAAAAAUGCUGCAGCCCUGUGGCUCACCUUCGGACAAACCUGACUUAAACUGA